CCCUGAUGUCACAAUUCAGAAGGUCGCUGCCUGCCUAGGAGGUUGUAGAAAGCUCUGUAGGUUUUCUCUGUGUCCUACAGGGCUCCCUGAGCCAGGUCCCUGUCUGAUGGCUUUCAUGAAAAAAUACCUCCUCCCCAUUCUGGUGCUUUUCCUGGCCUACUACUAUUCCACGAAUGAAGAGUUCAGACCAGAAAUGCUCCAGGGGAAGAAAGUGAUCGUCACAGGGGCCAGCAAAGGGAUUGGGAGAGAGAUGGCUUAUCAUCUGUCCACGAUGGGGGCCCAUGUGGUGCUGACAGCAAGGUCAAAGGAAAGCCUCCAGAAGGUGGUGUCUCGCUGCCUGGAACUAGGAGCAGCCUCCGCCCACUACAUUGCUGGCACCAUGGAAGACAUGACCUUCGCAAAACAAUUUGUUGCCGAGGCAGGGAAGCUCAUGGGGGGACUGGAUAUGCUCAUUCUGAACCACAUCACCAACACCUCGCUGACCCUUUUCCGUGAUGAUAUCCUCUCUGUGCGCAAAACCAUGGAGGUCAACUUCUUCAGCUACGUGGUCCUGAGCGUGGCUGCCCUGCCCAUGCUGAAGCAGAGUAACGGCAGCAUCGUCGUCAUCUCCUCCCUGGCUGGGAAAAUGGUCCAUCCUCUGAUUGCCCCCUACUCUGCAAGCAAGUUUGCUCUGGAUGGGUUCUUCUCCACCAUUAGAAAAGAAUAUUUUCUGUCCAACAUCAACGUGUCAAUCACGCUCUGUGUCCUUGGCCUCAUCGACACAGACGCAGCUAUGGAGGCAGUUUCUGGAAUAAUCAAUAUUCAAGCCUCCCCGAAAGAGGAGUGUGCCCUAGAGAUCAUCAAAGGGGCCGCCCUGCGCAAAGAAGAAGUAUACUACGACAAUUCACGGUGGACCCCAAUCCUUCUGGGAAACCCAGGGAGGAAGAUCAUGGAGUUUUUCACAGUGAAGAGUUAUAAUUUGGAAAAAUUCGCAACCAACUAGGAACUUCUGAGGGGCUAUGGCAAGGGAUCUUGGGACAAUUCUGCCUGGUAAUUCUUUUGAGCUCUACCCAUAAGGCAUCUUCCCAGAGGGAUAACUGGAGAGUCCCCAGAGAUGCACAAAUCAUGGGGCACACGUCAUACUGGGAAAGAGCUUGUCUAACACUUGCACAGUGAAACAUAGUUAUAAUAAAUGUCAUGAAUCACUUUGCAGCCUGCGAUAAUGAACCUGGUAGAAACAUGAGUAUAAUUAAUUAGGUAAUUACAUCAACCUUACCUUAUAUAGAAUACAAUGAUGCUUAAUAUAAUACUAAUUAUAAUAAAAGUCACAUCAACUUUGUAAAUUCAAAACUGAAAACUAUAAA